AUGCCUCGCACAGUGCCCUCCUGCACGCCCUUCCGCCUGCUUGCGAUCGCCGCGCUCUCGCUGCUGCACUUCCGCCUCUUCCUCGCGCGCUACUUUCCCCACCCGUCCGCGCCCUUCCGCGACUGCCCCGACACCGCCGCCGACGUCUCCGCCUUGCGCUCGGCGUUCCGCAAAUGCCAGGGGGAGCUCGUGCACCGGCGCGUGGCUGCGCGGAGUGCUUAUAACGAUGCCUCGGCGGGCGGGGGGGAUCUGGAUGAGCGGUGGCUUGCCGAAAGCGCAGUCUCCGCCGUGCAUCACCGCGCUGGCGCCGGCGGGGAGGGCGUCGCAGAUUCUGUUUCCGCGGAGUACGCGCGGAGGCGGGACGCGCAUUUGACGCGCUUGCAGGCGGACAGGCUGAGCGAAUGCGCCGCAUCUGACGCGGAACUGAAGCAAUUCCUGCGCUUCCAUCCGCACGCCACGUGUCCCAACGACUGGGAGCUAGCCCACUGCCUCCGCUUCACCGACCAUUGCCACGUCAUCCCUCCGCGCGCGUGCCUCUCCCCCACCCCCCCUGACCCCGUGGAGCCCCCGCCGCAUCCAGAGGCGCUCUGGACGCCGCUAGACGGGCGCAGCGUGCGGUGGGAGCGCUACGACUGCGCUGACGUGGCAUGCGUCGAGCGCAAGCUGGCAGCCUUUGCUGCAGGUGCUGCUGCGGACGCUGCAGCUGUAGCGGCUGUAGCGCGAGCCGUCAACUCGAGCCUGGACCCAUUUCCCUGGGAGCGGCGCGAGGGGGAGGGCAAGCAGGAUGAGCGGGGGAGGGGGAGGAGCGGGCGGGCAGGCGGACAGAAUGGGGGGGUAAGGGAGGGAGACGCGGCGAGUGGGUGCAGCAGGGACGGAUGGGCUGGUGGGGCCGCGUGUUUCCAAUUCACGCGCCCCUCUGCCAGCAGCGCGAGCGACGGCGGCAGCCAUAGCAGUCGCAGUAGCAGUGGUAAUGGUAGUGGCAGGAGCGGGCGCAGCAGCCCAAUGACUCGUGCUGCGAGUGGCAGUGUGGAGGAAGCAGGCACACGGGAGACGUUCCACAUUCGCGAUCUCAUGCGCCUCAAGGGGGGCGCUGUGCGCUUGGGGCUGGACCUGGGCGGCGGAACUGGCCAGUUUGCCGCCCAGAUGGCGCUGCACAAUGUGACCAUCCUCACUGCGCAGUCCAAUCUGAUUUUCUACCCUGAUGCCUCACAACCGCCCUCGGGCCUCACUGCUGCGGACACCACUGCAACCAGUCGCACCAGCACCAGCAGCAGCGGUACGAGCAGUGCCAGUGGCACCAGCAGCAGCAGCAGCAGCAGCAGCAGCAGCAGCAGCAGGGUGGCGGUGCCAUUUCAAGAGGCACUGGCAUGGCGGGGCCUGGUGGCAGUGGACAUGCCUCUCACAGCGCGCCUUCCUUUCUUUGACGCCUCACUGGACCUCAUCCAUGCCACCGGCACCGCCGGCCCCGCCCUCCUGCAGGGCGUCGAUUCUCUGCCGCCCAGGGACUUCCACCUCGCUCUCUUUGAUUGGGAUCGCGUGCUGAGGCUGGGCGGCAUUCUUUGGCUGGAAGCGAUAGAGCACAGUGCGGAUGCGAUGCCACUGUACGAGGCGGCUCUGGAGCGGCUGGCAUAUCGUGUUGUGUUUGUGAGGAAGCUGGAUGCGGUGGUGGAAGGGGUGCUGCACAGGCAUGUGCAGAGAUUGUGGGUGCUGUUCCGACCGACCGCCAUCCGCGCUCCUCCCAACAGCGGCGCCGACGAGGCUCGCUCGGACGAGCCUGCGCUUCGAGGGGAUGUUCCCGCGCUUGCGAAGAAGAGGAGGUUCGCGCAAGUGGCGGCGGAGGACGAGGAGGUGAAUAGCAGCCAUCGCAAGUCGCCGCUAAGCUCGCCACCUCGGCCACCCUCAAAACGACUUGCACUCACCGAAGCCGCAGUUCCCGUCGCGUCAAGAAUUCCGCCAAACGAGGAAACCUCGGGGACUCAUGGCGCUUCGUUGAGCGCGCUACAGCCGGAUGCUACACUCAGCCUGGCGGAGCGACUCUCCCGCUACGACCAGCUAACGGCGUCCCUCCGCUCCUCCCUCCCGCACGGCAACCUGAGCAAGUGGGACGUGGCGGUGGGGCGGCUGCGGGAGCGCGUGGCGCAAAAGCCGGAGUUUGGAAGCAACGUGAACCAGUUCCUCGUGUUCCUCCACAGCCAGCUGCGCGGAUCGCAACAGCCCUCCGCGCGCGCCGCUCUGCACCAGUUCGCCGCGCUUAUGCGCGCCAGGUGCCAGCAGAAGCAGCAGCGGUCGGAAGGUGGUAACCAGUGCGUGUUGGGGGAAAGCGGGAGUCUUGAGGGCGUUAGUGAUUCAAGAUUGGCGCAUGGAAUGUCAGUACUCGGUGCGGGCAGCAGAAGUGGCUUGAAUGGUGCCGCGGAGGGAUUGGGUGCGGUAGAAUGCGAUAGAGGAAGUGCGGCAGAGAGAAAAAUGGAACUUCAGUGGCUGCUCCGAUAG